UUUGUUUCCUCUUCGUUUUCUUUUAUCUGAUUACUUUAGAACACUCUAGCACACAAAUCAAUGGAUGGAACGAACCAUUCGGUGGCAUCAGAGUUUGUAUUCCUGGGACUGUCCGAUUCUGAGGAGAUCCAACUUGUCCUCUUUGUAUUUUUCUCCCUGUUUUAUGUGGCAAGUAUAAUGGGAAACUCCCUCAUUGUCCUUACUGUGACCUCUGACCCUCACCUACGCUCCCCCAUGUACUUUCUCUUGGCUAAUCUCUCCUUUAUUGACUUGGGUGUUUCUUCUGUCACUUCCCCUAAGAUGAUUUAUGACCUUGUCAGAAAACACAAAGUCAUCUCCUUUGAAGGCUGCAUUACUCAGAUCUUCUUCAUUCAUGUCAUUGGUGGUACAGAGAUGGUGCUGCUCAUAGUCAUGGCCUUUGACAGAUAUGUGGCCAUCUGUAAACCUCUCCACUACCUAACAAUUAUGAGCCAAAAAAUGUGUACUUUACUCUUGGUUGCUUCCUGGGUAAUUGGUUUGAUUCACUCUGUGGUUCAACUAGUUUUCGUUAUUAAAUUGCCAUUUUGUGGUUCUAAUGUAUUGGACAGCUUCUACUGUGACCUUCCUCGAUUAAUCAGACUUGCCUGUGUAGACACCUACACACUAGAGUUCAUGGUCACAGCCAACAGUGGCUUUAUAUCUGUGGGCUCAUUCUUCAUAUUGAUCAUUUCCUACAUUUUUAUCCUAAUCACGGUUCGGAAACACUCCUCAAGUGGUUUAUCCAAGGCUCUGUCCACUUUAUCAUCUCACGUCAUGGUGGUGGUUUUAUUCUUUGGCCCUUGCAUCUUUGAUUAUACCUGGCCUCACCCGACAUCACACUUAGAUAAAUUUCUGGCUAUUUUUGAUGCAGUUCUCACUCCUCUUUUGAAUCCAGUCAUAUACACAUUCAGAAACAAAGAGAUGAAGCUUGCUAUGAGGAGAGUCUGCAGUCAACUUAUUGUUUACAGAAGAUUUUCCUAA